AUGGAGGCCGUUGUUGGGCUAGCCCCCAUUACUACAGAGGCACCUCCCUCCUAUACCCCCCUCACGAAACUGGAAAUAUUCCCGCCGAGUCCUCCAGACACCGUCAAGGAGUCACGACAACACUCACGUCGCUCGAGUAUAAGUCUUGGCACCGGCUCAGUUGAGGACAUCGAUUGCCCGGUGGUGAAUGAUGAGACAUCUCGCCCAUAUCCUUUGCCACCUCCAACGAGACAGAACAAUGUUCUUCCUCAGGAUCUCAAAACCCCAGACAGCCACGUUGAGCGGGACCCUCGUCUUAUAAGGCUCACCGGCAUACACCCGUUCAACACAGAAGCACCAUUGAGCGAUCUGUUUGACGAGGGCUUCAUCAACUCGAAAGACCUGCACUAUGUCCGGAACCACGGAGGCGUGCCGCGCGUGGAUGAUGCCGACAUGAUGGACUGGGAGUUCACUGUGGAAGGAAUGGUCGACUCGCCCAUGAAAUUGACGCUUCGAACCCUGAUGGAGGAUUUCGCACAGGUCACAUACCCGGUCACCCUUGUUUGCGCAGGGAACCGUCGCAAGGAGCAGAACGUGGUUCGCAAGACAAAGGGCUUCUCAUGGGGCGCCGCAGGUCUCUCAACGGCGUUAUGGACCGGUGUCCCUCUUGGAGAUCUCAUAGCCAGGGCGGUGCCAAAACGAGGAGCCCGGUAUGUCUACUUUGAGGGCGCCGACAAACUUCCCAAUGGUUACUACGGCACUUCGAUCAAGCUUAAUUGGGCCGUCGAUCCUAACAGGGGCAUCAUGGUGGCUCACCGCAUGAAUGGCGAAGCGCUGCACCCUGACCACGGCAAACCCUUGAGGAUCGUCAUUCCCGGCCAGAUUGGUGGCAGGAGUGUCAAGUGGCUGAAAAGGAUCGUCGUGACCUCUGAGCCGAGCGACAACUGGUACCACAUUUACGACAACAGGGUCUUGCCGACAAUGGUGACACCCGAGGCCAGUGCCGACCUGCCCGAUACCUGGAAGGACGAACGCUACGCUAUCUACGACCUCAACACCAACAGCGCCACCUGCUACCCCGCACACGACGAGAAGGUUCCGACAACGGCAGCAGCCGGUGUUUACAAAUUCAGGGGCUACGCCUAUGCAGGGGGCGGUAAGAGGGUGACAAGAAUGGAAGUGACUCUCGACAAGGGCAAGAGCUGGAGGCUAGCCAAUAUGAUAUAUCCCGAGGACGACUACAGAUUAGCAUCAGCAGACGACACGCUGUACGGCGGCAAGGUUGAUUUGAGCUGGCGCGAGGCUUCCUUCUGCUGGUGCUUUUGGGAGCUCGAUAUUCCCAUGACGGACCUAGUCGCCGCGGAUGAUGUCAUGAUCAGAGCGAUGGACGACUCCAUGAUGGUCCAACCGCGCGACAUGUACUGGAGUGUCCUGGGAAUGAUGAACAACCCGUGGUAUCGGGUGGUGAUCCACAAGGAGGGCCAUGACCUCCGCUUCGAACAUCCCACACAACCGGCACUGAUUCCAGGCGGCUGGAUGGAGCGUGUCAAAAAGGCGGGCGGUGACCUUUCCAAUGGAUUCUGGGGGGAGAAAAUGGCUGGCGACGAGGAAGAAUCCGCUGCCGUUACCGAGGAGCCUACCAAGGAGAUUUGCAUGACAAACCCAUCGGUGAACAAGACCAUUACUCUGGACGAGCUCAAAGCGCAUGACAGCGAGUCCCAGCCGUGGUUCGUUGUUGAUGGGCAAGUCUAUGAUGGCACCAAGUUCCUUGAAGGGCACCCAGGCGGUGCAGCCUCGAUCAUCGGGGCAGCAGGGCAGGAUUGUAGCGAGGAGUUUCUGACAAUUCAUUCGGAAAAUGCAAAGGCCAUGAUGCCAGAAUAUCACAUCGGCUCGCUGGAUGAGAAAUCACGAAGCUUACUAGCCGAGCCUGAAUCAACCCAAUCCGAAUCCACAGAACCCCGCUCUGUCUUUUUGCAGUCGAGAACGUGGUCCAAAGCACUAUUGCAGGAAAAGACGAGCGUUAGUGGCGAUUCCAAAAUAUUCAGCUUCAAGCUCGACCAUCCAGAGCAGGCCAUCGGGCUACCCGUCGGCCAGCACCUGAUGAUGAGACUGCGAGACCCGGCGACGAGGGAAGCAAUCAUCCGCGCCUACACCCCGCUCUCGGAUUGCGCAGUCGAGAAGGGCAUCUUGAGGGUAUUGGUCAAGAUCUACUACAAGUCGGCCGAGAUGGAGGGCGGAAAGAUGACUCAGGCGCUUGAUCAUCUUCCCGUCGGGCACUGGGUCGACUUCAAAGGGCCUGUAGGACGGUUCGAGUACCUCGGAAACGGAAAGUGCCUAGUGUCCGGAAAGGAGAGAAGCGUGCACCGGUUCAUUAUGAUUUGUGGCGGAUCGGGCGUGACGCCCAUCUUCCAGGUCUUCCGAGCCAUCAUGCAGAACAAGGAGGAUCAGACAAGGUGUCUUGUGCUCAACGGCAACCGAACUGAGGAAGAUAUUCUUUGCAGGGACGAGCUGGACAGGCUGGCGGCCGGCAAUGAGGACAGAUGUCGCCUUGUCUACAGCCUCAGCAAACCUUCCGAGGGCUGGACGGGCGCCAGGGGCAGGAUGGAUCGUGCCCUGUUUGAGAAGGAAUUAGGUGCCGCCGCCGGCGACGGCCAAGACAUGGUGUUGAUUUGUGGGCCGGAGAGUAUGGAAAAGAGCGUGAAGCAGAUUCUCACGCAAGAAUUGGGCUGGAAGGAUGAUGAUUUGUUGUUUUUCUGA